AGACUGGAUAAAGAAAGCGCAGUUUUUCUGCUCUGGAUACUGUUCAGACCCAACAUGUCUCACACUGUGACUCUCAGCGGUCCCUCGCCCUGGGGUUUUCGGCUGGUGGGUGGACGAGACUUCAGCACACCGCUCACCAUUUCCAGAAUAACACCUGCGAGCAAAGCGGCGCAGAGCAACCUGAGUCCUGGAGACACCAUCCUGGCCAUCAAUGGAGAAAGCACAGAGAGCAUGACGCACAUGGAGGCUCAGAACCGCAUUAAAGCCUGCACAGAUCAGCUGGUGCUGGCCAUCUGCAGAUCUGGCAAGGCUUGGUCUCCAACUGGAAUGGAAGAACUCAAGACAAGUCCAUUCAGCCCAACACUGGAGUCUGAUUCACAGACUUUCCGACCAAUCAGCAGUGGCUACAGUCCAACUCCCAAAAGUCCGUCGCCCAAGAGCCCAAUCACUGGUGCUGUGCCUUACAACAAUGGUGGAUCCAGACCAGUGUACAACAACCCAGCAGGACUUUAUUCCCACAACAACGGCAACGGUGCCCUGCCGAAGCAGAUGUCAGGCCUCAGCCUGGGCUCUCCUCACAGUUUUAGCCCUGAGCCGCCAGUGAAUUCAUCAGGCAACCGCAACGGUUUCGACACACAGUCUGACGUCUACAGGAUGCUCCUGGACUAUGAGGAACCGGUUUCAGCUCCCAAACAAUCCGGCUCCUUUAAAUACCUGCAGGGAAUCCUGGAAGCUGAGGAUGGGGGAGUCUCGCCGGUGGACAGAUCUGGGGUCAGAGGCUUGCGUUCCCCUGUUAAAUCACCCGUGCCGAAGCUGGGCAGCCCUAUUACAGCCCCUCUGGCACCCAUUCCUGGCCUACAGAACCUUCCUCAGUGCACACGCUGCGCAAACGGCAUUGUGGGAGUCAUCGUGAAGGCCCGAGACAAGCUCUACCACCCCGACUGCUUCAUGUGUGACGACUGCGGCCUCAACCUGAAGCAGAGAGGAUAUUUCUUCAUCGAUGACAAUCUGUAUUGUGAGACCCACGCCAAGGCCCGCGUCCAGCCUCCUGAGGGCUACGACGUAGUGGCCGUUUAUCCCAACUCUAAAGUGGAACUGGUCUAAACACACACACACACACUUUCUAAAACACACCCACACACAGCUUUUCCUGGAGGACUCCGGCGAGGUGGAAAUGAGAAUAACAAACUGAAGCUUUUUUUUUCAGUCUCUGUAGUUUGUUAACCUGCAGUUUUCUAGGUCAGCAGCACAUUUAGGACGGGUCCUUUCUAACAUUCUUACACAGCAGAAGACAUUUCGAGAUGACAGAGUAGAAACACACUUCUGACAGGAACAUCUGUUCACCUCGGUUAUUUCUCUGCGGUGAACUGAGGUGCUCAGGACGGCCGCAGAAGAAUGUGGAAAAUGUGGAGACGGCAUUCAUUUACUCAGAGAGUUCAAGCCGGUGUGUUUAUUCUGUUUGGUUUGUAUUUUAGUAGAUGAUCUGGCUUUCAUUAUAACAUCCAACUUUAUAUUUGUCGUAAAGAGUGUAAGAAUGGAAAACUUGGCUUGAUCAGAUUUAAAGGGACAGUUCACCCUAAAAUGAACAAUCAUCAUUUACUCACCUUUUACUAGUUUCAAACCUUCAGAAGUUUCUUUAUCCUGUAGAACGCAAAA